AGGGAGGGGGUGCUACUAUGUAAGGUAUCCAGCCCCUCUGCCACCUCUUCCCUGUCCCAUCGCCUGGAUCCUCGACGCGUCUUUCUCUUUGUCUUCGGUGGGGAGAGGGACACAGAGGACAGAGUGAGCAGAAACAGGGGCAGCAGGUCCCAAAGCAAGGCCAGAGACACGGUCAGACGAGGCAGGACAGCAACGCCACCCCGAGCGGCAGGGAUCAGCCUUAUCUUUGACUGGACUUGACUUCAAUCUACUGAGGAAGAGAAUCUGUGUUGAGUCUUCAGACACGCUCUGAAGCGUGUGCUUGGUGUCCCUAGUAGGCUAAGGUGUAAGGUGUCUUUUUGCUUCAUUUAUUUAUUUAUUUUGGCGAGCCAGCUGGAUAGCUGAAGCGGAAGCCCAAGAAGAUGAGGACCCACUGGCUGCUCCUCUUUUCCUGCCUGUGUCUGGCGCCUCUCCACUCCCUGGCCGAGGAAGGCCUCCAUUUCCCGAGCUACGAUGGCAAGGACCGCGUCCUGGAUAUCGACGACAAGAACUUCAAGAAGGCCCUGAAGAAGUAUGAUAUGCUAUGCCUGCUCUACCACGCUCCACCACCCACCGCCAAGGAUCAGCAGAAACAGUUCCAGAUGACCGAGCUCGUCCUGGAGCUGGCAGCCCAAGUCCUGGAGGUGAAGAACAUCGGCUUUGGCAUGGUCGAUUCCCACAAAGACGCCAAGGUUGCUAAGAAACUCGGCCUGGAUGAAGAGGGCAGUGUUUACAUCUUCAAAGACGACCGUGUGAUCGAGUUUGAUGGGAUGCUCUCUGCAAAUGUCCUUGUGGAGUUCCUUUUAGACUUAAUGGAGGAUCCAGUGGAAGUACUUGAUAAUGCGCUUGAAUUAAGAGCAUUUGAUCGCAUGGAUGACGAAAUCCGGGUUGUUGGUUACUUCAAAAACCAAGACUCUGAACAUUUCCUUGCUUUCAAAGAGGCAGCAGAGCAAUUCCAACCUUACAUCAGAUUUUUUGCCACCUUUGAAAAAUCAGUGGCCAAACCUCUGACUCUGAAGAUGAAUGAGGUGGACUUCUAUGAGCCCUUCAUGGAUGAGCCCGUGACCAUUCCUGACAAGCCCAACUCCGAGGAGGAGAUCGUGGCUUUCAUCACUGAACACAGACGAGCUACACUGAGAAAACUGCGGGCUGAGGACAUGUUUGAGACCUGGGAAGAUGACAUGGAUGGCAUUCAUAUCGUGGCCUUUGCAGAGGAAGAAGACCCUGAUGGCUUUGAGUUCCUUGAGAUCCUGAAAGAAGUAGCCAGAGACAACACUCACAACAAAGACCUCAGCAUCGUAUGGAUCGACCCCGAUGACUUCCCACUGCUGAUCACAUACUGGGAAAAAACCUUUAAAGUCGACCUCUUCAGGCCUCAGAUUGGUGUGGUCAACGUUACUGAUGCGGACAGCAUUUGGAUGGAGAUGGACGAUGAUGAUGAUCUGCCCACAGCUGAAGAACUGGAGGACUGGAUCGAAGACGUGCUCUCAGGCAAAGUCAACACUGAGGAUGAUGAUGAUGAUGAUGAUGAUGAUGAUGAUGAUGAUGACGAUGACGAUGAUGAUGACGACGAUGAUGACGACGAUGAUGACGACGAUGAUGACGAUGAUGAUAGCGAUGACGACGACGAUGAUGAUGAUGAUGAUGAUGAUGACGACGACGAUGAUGACGAUGAUGGCGACGAUGAUGAUGAUGAUGAUGAUGAUGAUGACGAUGAUGACGACGACGAUGACGAUGAUGAUGAAUAAUUCAACAGGCUAGCAGGCUAUACUCUGCAAAUUGUAUAAGACAUCAGUCCGUUCAGUGAAGACAGAAGAGCAGUCAAUCUGAACUUUGAGUCAAAAGUUUUUGUACAUUUUGUACAUUGCUUAACCUUGCAAAUAAUUCAGUCAAACACAUUUCAAUCUAGAUAUGUUUGACUGAAUCCAAUGUCUAGAUAUAAUGGUAAUACAAAUGUGCUACAAGUGAAUUGUAGCACUGCUCCAGCGCCUCUGUAUGGAAAACUUUCCAGAGCUACAGGACCCACAGAUAUCUGCAAAGGGCUUCCAUCAGGCAUUACACCGUAUUAACCCACUGGGAGUUUUAACAUGUAAUGCCUCUCACCUUCUCUGGAUGUAAUUGCAUGAGUGUGUGUGUGUCUGUGUGCACAGUAUGUGUCUAUGACUGUGUGUGCAUCUGUAUGUGUGUGUGUGUGUGUGUGUGUGUGUGUCUGUGUGUCU